AGAAGAAGAAGAAGAAGAAGAAAGAAAAAAGAAAGAAAAGAUGAAAAUGUAGCUCCCUCCUCGUCGUCUUCCCUUUUGAUAUUUUUUUUUUUUUCUCUUAAAUCGGUAACAACAAUCUUGUACCUGGGAACCACACCUUAGUCCCUUACUACUCUUCUGGUAGUGGUAAUCCAAGUUUUUCGGUGGUCACAGGUCCGCGCAGAGAGCUACGCGCAUAUUAUUCAUUCGCGCGAACGCAUUCGACUCGGUUCACCCGUUCGCGAGGCAUCGCGACUACUUCAGUCUCUGUUUUGUCUGCAGUCUUCGACGAUCCUUCUUCGAAAUCUAUCGUCGAGUUCGACGAUAGCUUGAUUAACCAAUAAGAAAGAGGAUCGAAAGAAGAGCAAAUUGGGAAGGCUGCAUUUGAAAUUUCGAGGACGCAUCCUUGGACUCUUCGAUUUCCAAGCUCGAUUUUCACCUACUUCAAUCGGUUGGCGAACGAUUGGGAGUCGAAUCACGUGCUACUCACCGAUAUUGCGAUGAUUACCAGGUAUCCAUGUACCAGUUUAUUCCUUGUAGGGCUAUACUUCUUUUUAAAUAUACCCAACGACUAUCACGUUCUUGGACAUGGACGACUUAUGGAUCCACCAGCACGUAACAGUAUGUGGCGAUUUGGAUUUCCGAAUCCAGUGAAUUACAACGAUAAUGAGUUAUUUUGUGGCGGGUAUGCAGUUCAGUGGGUUCAAAAUCAAGGUCAAUGUGGAGUCUGUGGAGAUGCAUUUCAUUUGAACGAACCAAGACCACACGAGGCAGGUGGUGAAUAUGCUAAAGGAACUAUAGUCAGACAUUAUACGGUUGGCCAGGAAAUCGAUAUCGAGGUUGAGCUAACUGCUAAUCACAUGGGAGGAUUCGAGUUAUAUCUCUGUCCAAAUAACAAUCCUAGAAGCGAAGCAACUCAACAAUGUUUCGAUAGAUAUCCUCUCUACGUAUCUGGUACACGAGAUGUCCGUUUUGAAAUACCUUUGAAUACAGAAAAGAAAGCUAUAUUUCGUUACAGAGUUGUUUUACCACCUUACAUAACUUGUACCCAAUGUGUCAUUCAAUGGAAUUAUUACACAGGUAAUAUGUGGGGUACUUGUGAUAAUGGUACUGAAGCAGUAGGAUGUGGUAGACCAGAAACAUUUCGAAAUUGUGCGGAUGUUAGUAUCGUGACAAGUACAGCAGGAGUUCCACCACCCUUCGUGCAGAAUGACAAUCCCUUCUUACUUUAUUACAGAGAUGUUACAUCACCGAACAAUAUAUUCCCACUAAUAGUAAGAUCACAAGUUUGCGUACCUACGUAUCUUUACCGAUUUAUACCUGGUAUGACUGAUUGGUGUCAGGCCAAUUGUCUUCGUUAUCCACCGAAUUGUCCAAAUAUGGUUUGUCAGUGUCCAGAAGUGUGCGAUGCGAUAGGUGAAAUCGAAGGUAAAGAAGGUGCAAGCGUUUAUUGUAUGGACAAGUGUCUAGUAUAUCCAUCUGAUUGUCCGAAUCAUCGUUGUCGUUGUUAUUGACGAAAAAAAGAUUAAAAAGAAAAAACGAAAGAAAAUAAAGCAAAAUAAAAAAGAAAUUUGUCCAUCUUCGAUAACGUUAUCUAUGUCUAUUAAGUAAUCGAACUAUUUAAUAGGCAAAAGGCAAACGGACGCUAUUGCAAUACUCAAUUAAUUAAUCAUUAGACUAUCGAUGUUGUCUUUCAUAUCACGCCGUCCAUGUGUGCUUGUCCUUUUAUUUUUUUAAUUACAAAGAGUGUCUCGUAUCGAUUGCAUGCUCAACGAAUGUUUCCUAUUAUAUGUAUAAAUGUUUAAUUAGAUCGUAAGUAAAAACUCACGGAAUCGUAGAAGAGAGAAAUCUAAAGGAUUUCAAAAAAUCAAAUGAUCUACGAUGGUUCCUUCCAUUGUAUACGAGAAGAUAAUAAUAA